CAAACUGAUAUCAGUAUCGAUUUCCCUGUAUGCUGUUAUUAGUAUCGAUUCACUAUGGGCUGAUAAGAGUAUCGAUCCACACGUAUGCUGGUUACAAUAAAUUUUGAAGAACAGCUAAAAUUCCUUGUCUUCGAACACAGACGGCAAAUUGAAGCAGAAAAUAUGGAAUACUUGAAGUGUCUGGAAGAAGCGUUGCGUAAUGGCGUACCUUUGGAAACAUUCAAUAAAUUCUGGGAAACGGAAGUCAACAACACUCGCAUCAAUGCUGAACUGAAGCUGAGAGAAGCGAGUCAAAGAGGAUCAAACGAGGUUGGUUGAUUUAGCUUUUUAGAUAACUAGUCAUCAUUUUUAAAUUUAAUCCAAAUUGUGUUUAAAUAAAUAAAACAAAAAUUCAAUUUUUUUCUUGUCCUAAUGAAAAAGCACGUUUUUACUUCAUUAACGUAAAAUACUUACUUUAGUUAAGUGCUUAAAAAUUUUUACAUACAUUUAGAAAUCCAACUUCUCUAAUGUAAUUGAAAUUUGUCUUAAAUUAUUUGUAUACUUCUUCCCAGACUAACGUUCGAAACGAAGGUAAACUGCCGGACUAUUUAAACGACCGAUUCAACCAGCUACAGCAACAGUUGCUGGAGCAGCGAGAUUUGCUUCUGACAAUGUCCACGGCGAUACAAUCAAUUAAUCAGAAGAUGGAUACCAGCAAAAUAUUUCACACUGAAUCAAAAGAAAAAUCAAACCACCAUAACAUAGGAGAUGAUCUGACAUGUGCAGACGUAGAGGAACUGAUCAAACAAACAACUUUUAAGUUCCAACCUCAUGCCGAUACUUCAGAGGACAAAUCUGAUCGAACACUUAGUAAUUCAGGCCCAAUACUAGAGGAGGAAAAUAAAGAUUUAGAAAUUAGGUUUCCUACCAUUACAUGGCAGCAGGGGGAAAUGUGCAGUAACCGCAUAGAACGUGUCACACAUGGGAUUGUGGAGGAUGAAGUACAACAACAUCGGAUUGUAGAUGAUGGCAUAAGACAACAUCGGAUUGUAGAUGAUGGUAUACAAAAACAUUGGAUUGUAGAGGAUAGCAUACAACAACAUCGGAUUGUAGAUGAUGGUAUAAAUCAACAUCGGAUUGUAGAUGAUGGUAUAAAUCAACAUCGGAUUGUAGAUGAUGGUAUACAAAAACAUCGGAUUGUAGAUGAUGGUAUAAAUCAACAUCGGAUUGUAGAUGAUGGCAUACAACAACAUCGGACUGUAGAUGAUGGCGUGCAAGAACAUUGGGAUUUAAAUAGCGGCAUGCAACAAACAUAUCAGACAAUAAUCAUUUACAAACAACCAACAAACCAGGACACAACUGGUGAGAAAACUAUCUUCCAAUGCCGUCGAAAAAUCUUCUCCACCAACAAAACUCCAGAUGGUCAAGACCAGAACAAUGGUGAUCAUGAUACUAAUCAAAGCUACCAGCUCACUGCUAAAAAGAUUUCAGCAGAGCACAAAGAUCAGGAGGAGAUUGCGUCGUCAACAAGGGCCACUGGAAUGUAUGCGGAAGCCAUCGCCCAACAGAUUUUGGCUCGAGGUAAUGCCCCUCCUAAAUACGUGCCUCGUUCCGGAGCAUUCUUUGAGUUUGCAGACGUCACGCAAUGUGUUACAGAAAACACCAAACACUACACCGAUUACUAUCUAACCGAACCGGCAUUCUGCAGAGUUCGCCUUAUGUUUCGUUUUGAUGAGAGCGCUAGACUUGUGGUUACGUUGCUUGUUUCCGGAAGUCCUCAUGAGGAUUCUUUGUGGCCGGUCUACCUUUCCGGUGAAGGCAAAAUUUUCAACUCCAAAUCCAAAAGGUACACAUAUCUGUGGAGGAUGGAGGCCCAGAGAUUCGACGAUCCUGGAGAUAUCAUCGAGGUUCAAUUUGAGGUGAAAACUUGCCUGGAAACACUGAAAGGCUCUUUGCAUGACGUCACAUAUGAACAGCUACUUGAAAGAAAUUAUGAGAAAUCUAACAAAAUGAACAUCAAUUGGAAGCUGGAAGCAAAGAAUUGGACUGAAGCGUGUAAAAGUUGAGUAGACAGAAUCGUGUAAAAGUUGAGUGGACUGAAUCGUGUAAAAGUUGAGUAGACUGAAUCGUGUAAAAAUUUAGUAGACUGAAGCGUGUAACAAUUGAGUAGACUGGAUCGUGUAAAAGUUGAGUAGACUGAAUCGUGUACAAGUUGAGUAGACUGAAUCGUGUAAAAGUUGAAUAUAAAGUUAACAAAAAUUAAAAUAAAUAAACAACCUCAACUUCGGCAGCGCCGAUCUGUUAGACGAAGUGAUAGACGCCUCUGUGAUCAAAACGCAUUAUAGAGAUACAUUUUAUCAAGUCUAUUUAUGAAGUUUUGUUAGUAAAAUAUAUUGUCUGAUAUUGUUCAUGUCACUAAAACAUGCACGUGUGUAUCCUAUCAACAUGUGGAAUAGCCGCUACCUCCCUUGUUAUCAUCGAACAGAUAUUGUGUUUAAAAAAAUCAAACUGUAAAUCUUAAUGCAUCUCCACUUAAAUAUGAAUAAAUGUGGGUGUGUUAGCGAGUAUGUGUGUGUGUGUGUGAGUUUGUAUGUAAUUGAUUCGUGUUUCAGUGUACGUAUACGUAAUUUUUUUUUUUACACAUUAUUAGUAAUUUUCUAUUUUUCGAUCACAGUACAAUUUUAAUUUA